CCCAAAAAAAAAGAAGGAAAUCCAGAAAAAAAAAUAGUAACACACACACAGAGAGUGGAAAUGGCGGUGGAGUUUUUCAAGCAGUGCGAACAGUCAGGUGAUGCUGCGUACGCUGCCUUCAAAUCGCUUCUGGAGAAGCUUGAGGAUCCCAUGACCCGCACCGAAGCCCGGGUUUUCCUUUCGGAUCUUCAAGCGCAUGGCGGUUUCUCCGAUGAUUGCUUUGAUAGGUACCAUUUCCGGUUUCAGGACAUUCACUUGGACCGGAAUGAAGGCCAUCAUGGAAGGAAGAAACUGACAAUGAUGGUGAUCCCUAGCAUUUUUAUGCCUGAAGAUUGAUCAUUUACCUUUUAUGGACUCAAUAGACACCCAGAUUCCAUUUUCAAGGAAAAGACAGUCUGAACUUGGUUGUGGAAACGGAUGGAUAAGUAUAUCAAUUGCUGAUAAUUGGUUGCCUGCCAAGGUUUUUAAUUUUUCUUCCUUUAUGUUCCUUAUGCAUGGAAAAUUAGGUAUUUAGUCCCAGUUAUGAAUCUUUUUGUGUUUGAAUUGAAUUAUUUUUUUGAUAGGAAUUGAAGGACUCGUUAAAAACCCCUUUCUUGAUUAAAGGAGUUUAUAGAGAAACUUCUUAAUCAGCAGAAUGAGGAAAAGAGUGCCUUAUGAUUUCAUUAAACAAAAGAACUUACAAGAUACAACCAUAAUCCACCCCCAACAUAAACAGAACACCAAAAACAGCCUAAAAAACAACAUUAAUUGCCACUAAUCAAACAGACCAGACUUAAAACCUUAGGUUUGCCCGAAAGACAUCACAAAACAAAACACCUAUAGAAGCAAAAAAAAAAAAAAAAAAAAACAGCUGAC